CACCAAGUAAACCUUCUUACUGGAACUCCAAUACUUGUUAACUGAUUGCUCAUUUUGCGGCAUUAAUUACGUAGGCGAAACUUUAUGUAGCUGAAUCAAAUAUGGCGAAAUUAAGGUGAUGAACCUACAAUAAUUCGUAUAGAGCUCUGAAAAUAAAUGAACCCUUAGAAACUUCAUCGAUCCCGCAUUAGAAAAAACCCAAGGUCAUAUGUGUAAAAAAUUGGUUUUUCGCGUUAUUGGAGAAAACUGUAAGUGUUAUCAAAAAGUUACGUUGGACUAAGUUGUAGAUCAUAAAAUUACCUAUGAAUGAACUUCAAUGACUUUUUUUUAAAGCCACCACAGUCGAAAAGGUCAUAUCUUUCACUAGCCAGUGAUGGCUACUUCGUCUACGCAUUAUUUUCAGAAAACCCGUAAAAGGAUAGUUAUCUAUUUCUUUGUAUUGUACGGUGUUUUUAUAAACUGUAAUAUUUAGACAUAUAUCAUCAUCUUCUGAGACGCUACAACCGGGGCCUGGGCCUGCUGGUCAGACCUAUAUGACUUUAGAUACAUAAAAAUGUUUUCUUAAUACUUGGCAAUGUAGUUGCAGAAACAUGUCAUCUAAUUUCCAAGACUAGUAGAUUUCUGAGGCCAAAAUCGCGAUUUAGAACACAAAAACAGUCAACGGUUGGAAGUCGGAACGUAGAAGCGUGAUCAACGGUUGUUUCAACUAGUUCAUUGAAUCAACGCCCAUUCUUAAUAUUCUAUGAUCCAAAGAGUAUAGUCUAUGCUAUGAUUCUUGAUGCUUGUCGAACAAAAUAAUCGUAUAAAAUACGAGGUUUGUUUUUAUUAUUUAUAAUUGUAAAUUUAAGUGUACUUUAUACAAAACACAAACGUGUAAAAGUAUCUUUAUAUAUCGUACCAUGGAAGAGGGUGUAACUUAUUGUAUUUUGUGCGCACAAAUAAAAUGUUUUAGUAAGUUAAUAAAUUUGCACACCGAUGGAAUGUUAAACAAAACUGCAAUUAAAUUGUCUCGUUUGAACAUUUCAUAUGAUGCUCUCGACGGCGAAAAAUUACCAAGAAUGAUAUGCAUUUCUUGUAUGGAAAAAUUGGACAAAGCUUUCGAAUUCGUUUCGGAAGUUGACAAAGCAUUGAUUAUGUUGAAAGAAUUAUAUGAAAAUAAAAUAAAAACGGAAGAUACUUCAAUAGAAAAUCAAGAGAUUAAUGAACUAGAUAGCAUAUCGGAGUACAGCGUACACAUUAAGCCAGAAGACACACAAUUUUCAGACUCUGAAGCCAGUUGUGAUUCAUUAGGUAAAAAGCGCGAAACUUCUAGUGAAAGAUCUCUUGGUGAUCCAGUAGAAAAAAAAUCAGAGAUAUCUUCAUUAGAGUUAACUUGGAAUGAUUACAUAUGGACCUGUGCAUACUGUGAAACACAGUUUGCUACUCUCGGAGAACUUCAAACACAUUCAAUGCAAUAUCACCAAUGUUGUAAUGCCUACAAAUGCUAUGACUGUAAAAUAUGGAAGAUGAACUUGAAACAAUUCAUAAUCCACGUCAAAAGUCAUAAGAAAUAUCUUAAAGUGGUGUGUCAUAAGUGUAAUAAGAAAUUUAUGUUUGCAUGUCAUGUACAUAUGCACAUGAAAACUGCACAUGCAACAAAAUCACCAUUUGUUUGCCUAGGAUGUGAUGUUGAUUUUCAAAACCAAGAAGAAUUAAGUAAUCAUAGCCAGGCAUUUUACAAAAAUAAGCGAAGGAAAUUUAUUCCAUUAAGAAUAAAGUCUAAUACAAAUAAUUUAUACUGCAUUACUUGUAAAAAAUCUUAUAAAACAAAGGGAACACUCCAUGCUCAUUUACUAACUCACACUGACAGAAAAAGAGAGCACAUUUGUGAGAAAUGUGGGAAAGGUUUCUUAAGGAAACGUGAUUUAGCAGAACACACCUCAAUACAUGAUGAACGCAUACAUCAAUGCAAAGUAUGUCAGAUGAAAUUCAAAACUUUAAGGAUUUUGAAGCAACAUGAAAGUAUCCACAGUGCCGAGAAGCCUUUUAAAUGUAAUGAGUGUGGACGAGAAUUCCGUUUGAAAAAUCAACUGACUACACACAGUAUCAUUCACACUGACUCUCGGCCUCAUGAAUGCACUUAUUGUGACAAAAAAUUUCGAUUUAGGAGUGUACUUCAUCUUCACUUACGUCAGCACACUGGCGAGAAACCAUAUUCAUGUGAUAUUUGUGUUCGUAAAUUUACAAAUUGGCCUAAUUACAAUGUACAUAUGAAAAGAAUGCACAAAAUAAACAUGGCUAAGAAAAAAAUACCUGAAAAUGGUUCACCUAACAAUCAAUUAACUAGUAAAAUAACAAAAGCUAUAGAAACUAGUGAUAUACUGCAAUGAAACAGUGAGAUGUUAAAUUGAAAAGCAAGAGAAAGAACAUUGUUGUAGUAGCUGAAUUCUGUAAGCAAUUGUAAUGUCACAUAGGUUAAAAUCUAUGAUGUCAAAGCAUUGUGUGACCUAUAGUUUCCUUUAAAAAAAUAAACAUUUAGAGCACAAAGUUAUUAAGAAGACAGAAAGUUUCAUCAUGUAGUAUCCACUAGUUUAGUAAAAGAGGAAAACAUAUUAAUUAUUACUAAAGUGGUAGAGUCCGCAAUAACAGCUUUUGCAUGAAUGGGCCGACCCAUUGAAAUACCACAACUACACAAGACAUCUGUGAAGUGGAAACAAUUGUAACACUUAGUCUGAUGAGUAUCCUUUAGGAGGCCUAAUUUUAAUCAUCUUUCUCUUCCCCAUUUUCGUACAAGGAAUGAUUGGAAAGGAGAAGUGAAUUUGGCAGGACUUCCUAAUAAAUUUGCUCAUUAUAAAAACUAUGUCAGACUUGUAUGGAACACUCCAACUAAGGGUUAUAAAUCUAUGGUUGGAACAUUCCAGAAUAUGUAUUACAAAAGGUGACAAUGCUUUAUUUGAAUGUUUCCUCAAUAAACAAGAAGUCUAUGUUAGCCUGAAUAAAAAGUUUU